GUUCUUGUUAAAACCCCUUAGCAUGUCGCUGCGCUUGCUUACAGGACAUGUAGUUGUGACAAAUUCCUUGGUAGUUUUCAAACGGUAAUGCUAAUGACAACGACAACCAGACUCGAAAAUGAGAAGUUAAUAAACUUCUUAAUUUGUCAUUUUAUCGUCGUUUAGUAAAACAACUCUUCAAGGAUAAAGUCGGGGACCAAGAAUGUAGCGACUCCUGGACACUGCAGUAAUUCAUUCUAUCAAGCUAACAAUGUUAGCUCAUGCAAUAACCUGCUUCUUCGCCUCUUAAGGAAAAAAAUAAACAAACAAAAAAAAUGACUAGUUAUUAAGCAGAGUUUAUCGUCUGCUUUAUUAAGCUGCCAAAUAACUUUAAACGAAUUCGUAUAUCCUCUACUCAACAUAGCUUUCUGGCUGGUAUUUUCCCACUAAAACUAUACAGUUUAGUUUUAAUUAAAGGAGUCAUGGCUGACGACCCUCAGAGAAACUUUCGCUCAGCUUACUAUGAGAAAAUGGGCUUCAGGGGCGUGGAGGAAAAGAAGUCUCUAGAAAUACUGCUAAAGGACAACCCUCUAGAUCUGGAAAAGCUGAGCACCUUUAGUCAAAGGUUCCCGCUUCCCUCCAUGUACAGGAUUCAUGUGUGGAAGGUGCUGUUAGGGAUCCUCCCUCCCCACAGUGACUCCCACGCUCUGGUUGGAGGUUACAGGAAGGAGCAGUACCAGGACAUCAAGGAGGCUUUGGAGGUGAUGCGGUACAUAAACUCAUCCACGCCGUCAACGCACGUGUACCUGCGCAUGUUCCAGCUGGAGAACCAGGUGCUGCCGCGAUGCUCCGAGACGUUACCUCCAGAUGAGGAGAACGAGGACUUCCUGGCAGUCAGCAGAGCCAUGGAGGAGAUUGUGGAUGAUCCGGUGGACUGCUACUGGCUCAUCAAAUGUUUUAUUACUCAGUUCUACACAAAGUUUGGGGAUUCGGUUCCACAUCUGCCAAAGAGCCUGGAGCAUUACCUGAGCCAGGAGGAGCCGCGGCUGCUGACCCACCUGAAGAACACAGGAGCGCUGCUUCAACUGCCCUACAGCCUCUGGUUCAGACGCUGCUUCGCCGGCUGUCUGCCCGAGUGCAGCCUGCAGAGGGUUUGGGACAAGGUGAUCAGUGGCUCCUGUAAGAUCCUGGUGUUUGUGGCCCUGGAGAUCCUGCUCAGCUAUAAGAUCAUGCUGCUGGGCAUCAACCGGCCAGAGGGCAUGGUCAACUUCCUGUCUAACAUCCCGCAGGAAAACACGGACGCCAUCGUGACGAAAGCCGUGGAGCUCUGGCAGAAGUAUUGCGGGAACCCGGUUCAUGCUGUGUGAGACAUUUCCCAGAAUCCCUUGGGGGUGACUAAGCUGGACAUACUUUUCUCUGGGAAAGAAAAAAACUGACUUUUUCGCAGAAGAAGAGGGCGACCAGGAGGAAACUUAUUUUUUUAUAAGUUUUUUCUUUAAGAAAUUGUGUACAUCAUUAAAGACUCACAAUAAAUUAAUACAACAUGCA